GAAAAACCACCAUCGAAGGGUAGAAAAUCCCUCCAGUCUGUGUGAUUUUUCCCAACAAACAAUCCACACCUUUUAAAUCACAUUUAAGACACUUUUUUCUACCAACCUAAGUUAUAUUUCUUGUUUCACCCCGUAAAGACUGUGCAAAUUGUGUGAGGUUUCUUGUGAGGAAAAGUACCCCGAAUUGUUUAAAAUUUUUGCAGAAGACGACAAAGAGACACAGAACUCAGGCAAAGGAUACAAGAGUUUAAAGUGGACGACGAGUGUCCCAUGAUGGCGUGCAUUGGCGACUGUUACGAUUUAGGUCCACCCCCGGACAUGAUCCUCUCAAUGCCUCCACCGCCCUUGCCCUCAUUCCUUCUCCCAAGGAACUCAAUCGCCUCCCUCACGGGAAAUGAUUCUCAGCCUUGCUUCGCGGCUUUCAUGUGUGAACCCUCGCCAGGACCAAGAGAACACUCUGGCAUUGAGUUCAUUGAGUUAAGCCACAAGAACAUGGGCGUAGAAGACACCUGGCUAUUCGUGUUGAUCUCGUCGUGUGUAGGAGUUCUACUCUUGGGCGCCAUUCUCGCCAUGAUCCUCAUGAAGUGUCGAGAAUCCUACAAUUACUCUUACCACGACACAUCAAAACCGCCAAUGCCAGUUAUUGGUGAGCCCAACUUGACUUCUGCAAAGCCUCAUGGGAGUUACUUAACUGGCACGAUGUUCUACCCGACUCCAAGCGCCACUCACACUUUGCAGCAACAACUGGCGCACGACAAUCGUGUUCUCUGGGCUGCACUCACACCCCAUGGCACUCGCCACUUUGUCACAGAUCCCUAUCAGGAAGAUCACUACGAAGUAGUGGAUUAUUCGGUCAGCAAACCCGAACCUCCGGUGCAUCACACCAUAAAUCGAACACCAGUUAAGUCCUCGUUUGAUAAUUCUGGCUUCGUGGAUUAUGACUAUGAAGAUCCGACACCACUCAUUGAAUCCUAUCACAAUAAUCUCGAUGAAAUUGACAUGGACUCAGGGUAUCAGGAGCCACAGGAGGUCGUGGGCACGCUCUCACACGGCUCACCACGACCCCACGUGAGCUCUCCGACGCGAAUUGAACAUCCCAACAUCGCCCCACUUAAUCUCUUCCCACACCAUCGCAGCACACAUAACACACUCAACAAGAAGUCCUCACUCAGCCGACGGAUUAGCGAUGUCUCCACUCCGUACGGAGGAAAUGUGUGAAUUCAACCCACCGACUCCAUUGAUCCACUGAAUGAGACACUCUUCAACGCCAUAUCAGAUGACAUUCAAUAAGUAUCGAAGUCUGUAUUUUGCUACAAAAACAUGUGAGAAUUCAUAUUGAAUUAAUUUCAAUGUAAUUCUCUUGACUUCGCUUCUCAAAACACGCACAAGAGGAUCUGAUCUCCUUUAUAGACGAAAACUGGAGAAGUGAAAAACUACUCAGAGAUCCUUGCGAGUAUAUUUGCAUGUUUCUAAUAUCAAAUGCAGAUUAUGAUGCUCAACUAAUACCCUAGUGGAUAUCCUACACAAACCUAAAACCAUAGCCUAGCUUACCACGUUCUCAUCUCGCAACAAAAUCUUGGCAAAAAGACCUUUUUGCUUGCAGGAAAUCCUAAUACGGAUACAGUAGUAACUAAUAGUUUUAGAUAACUGUCUUAUCAACAAUUUACUAGAUCUUAAGUGAUAUUUUAAGCUAUAUGUAAGGAAAACUACAAUUAAUUCGGGUAUUGAGAAAAUUCAUUGUGAACAAAUAGAAUAUCCAAGGAUGAGCUCAAUCUAGUCACUAGAAUAUAAGUGUAGUCGUUGUCAGAGAAUUGAUAUUGACCUAUCUUAUCUUAUUCACUAAGGUUACCAGCAAAAAUACAUUCAACUCAUAUACGGAAUUUUCAGCAAGAAAAUUUUCGUGGAAACUGUCAGCUUUCAAAUUGAUCUCGUUUAUAAUAUGUAGUGCAAUAUGAUGAUUAUGUGUAAAUAUUAAUAUUGUAUUUUUACUUCUUAAACCUUUACGCGAUAGAUUAUGGAUCAGAAAACGAAUAAAUAUGUGUUGUAUGGAUAAAAGUUUUUGCUUUUU